AUGUACACUGUUCUUGAUCAGAGGAGAGGUAUCCCAAUCUCCCUCAGUGCAGUCUAUCAGUCAGUGGCUCAUUCUCUUGGUAUCACACUCCUACCUGUGAACUUCCCUGCUCACUUUCUGUUGAAGUAUCCUCAAAAUUUAGCAAAAGGUGAUAGUGAGGUAUUCAUUGAUGCUUAUGGUGGAGGUCAGUUAUUGAAUCAGGACGAGUGUCUUGGACUCAUACCAUUCCUCACUAUACCAUCACCAGAUAUGUUCAACCCUGUAGACCCUUAUAAGGCGAUGAUAAGAAUGGUUGCUAAUAUUUAUUCAAGAAGUUCUAUUAAUUUUGAUGUUGGCAGACAAUGGGAUGAAGAAAAGAACCAGUGGGGCCCUCUUGUCCUUCCCUCUUCUCUCUCCCUCCAGCUCUCCUUGUGUUGGAUGUCCCCAGUGAGUGACCUAACCCGACAGGUUGCAUCAGAUGCUGCUAACAUUGCACUGGACCUAAGGUUUAACGUCAAACAAGUUGUUUGGGUGUUAUCAGAUAUGCU